AUGCGUCGGCAAGCUUACAGCGACGGGACGACGGGUCGUACGCAAUAUAUCGAGUGGCACGGGCGUUUUAAAACCGGUAAAACGUCCCUGAAAGACGUUGAGCGAUCUGAAACACCUGCCACGAACGCUACCCCCGGAAAUGUGAAGAAAUGUCAUAAGUUUAUGCAUGAGGAUCACCGGAGAGCAAUCAACGAUAUUGUUGAUGUUGUUGCUCUGUCGUAUGGGUCCGUGCAGGCAAUCUUAAUGUCUGAAUUAAACAUGCGGCAAGUCUCUGCUAAGUUUCUUCUCCGCCUGUUGACCACCGAGCAGAAAGAUCAUCGCGUCGAAAUCUAUCAAGACCUCCGUCAGCGCUCCGGUGAUGACCCACCCUUCAUACCGAGGAUCAUCACCGCUGACGAGAGGUGGGUCUACGGCUGCGAACCUGAGACUUGA